GUCUCUUCCUCACGCACGCACCCAGAGGAGGAGGGAGACAAAAAAUGGCGGACGGUGUUGACCACAUCGAUAUUUACGCUGAUGUAGAAGAGGAGUUUAAUCAGGAAUCGGAUUAUCCUGUUCAUGAGCAGAUUGACCUUUAUGAUGAUGUUAUCUCACCAUCUGCCAACAAUGGGGAUGCACCUGAAGAUCGAGAUUACCUGGAUGCCCUGCCAGCACCUGGAGGCUCUGAGGGUUCCAAAGGGGCUCCACCGAAUGUUGUCUACACCUACACUGGCAAAAGAAUCGCACUGUACAUAGGCAACCUCACAUGGUGGACCACUGAUGAGGAUUUGACCGAUGCGAUUCGCUCGGUGGGCAUAAAUGAUGUCUUGGAGAUCAAGUUUUUUGAGAACCGAGCAAAUGGCCAGUCAAAAGGAUUUGCUCUGGUCUGCGUGGGUUCAGACGCCUCAUCCAGAAAGCUAAUGGACUUGCUGUCAAAACGCGAGCUGCAUGGACAGAAUCCAAUCGUCACCCCGUGCAACAAGCAGUCUCUUAGCCAGUUUGAGAUGCAGUCGCGAAAAAGUGAGCGAGGUACCCAGUCAGGGCAGAUGUCCGGAGAGGGUAAAGCUGGGCCCCCAGGUGGGCCACGUGCUGGCUUUCCUCUUGGAGGCAGAGGUCGAGGGCGCUUUCCAGGCCCUCCAGGCCCUGGAGGUGAUCGCUUACCUGGGCCAAUUGGUCCUGGCGGGCCUCCACCACACUUCCCAGGUAUGCAAGGACCACUCCGUCCUCCAUCUGGUCCUCCUGGGCAUCCAGGACCCCCUGGUCCCCCUCUACCUGGUCAAGGUCUGCUGCCUCCUCUUGGGGGACCCCCUAACAGAGGAGACCGCCCCCCUCCGCCAGUCAUGUUUCCUGGUCAGUUUGGUCAGCCUCCAAUGGGUCCAAUGCCUCCUGGACCACCUCCACCAGGUUACGGCCCACCCCCAGGACCCCCACCCCCUCAACAGGGUCCACCUCCUCCAGGACCAUUCCCUCCCCGUCCUCCUGGACCUUUAGGACCCCCUCUUGGCCUCGCACCCCCACCUCACAUGCAGGGGCCUCCACCUGGAGGUCCACCACCUGCUCCUCACGUCAACCCGGCCUUCUUUCCUCCGCCUGGAAACAACAGCAUGUCGUCGUCUGAAGGCAGGGGCCCUCAACCCGGAGACCCGUACGGCCGUCCACCCUACGAAAGAGACUAUGGCCCUGGCGGCAGGGACAUGGACUCUCGAACUCCUCUGAGCGAAGCAGAGUUUGAGGAAAUCAUGAAUCGAAACCGAGCGAUCUCCAGCAGUGCCAUUUCAAGGGCAGUGUCGGACGCCAGCGCAGCUGAUUACGGCAGUGCUAUAGAGACUCUGGUGACAGCCAUUUCUCUGAUCAAGCAGUCAAAAGUUUCUGCUGAUGACCGCUGCAAGGUUCUCAUCAGCUCACUGCAGGACUGCUUGCAUGGAAUUGAGUCCAAAUCUUAUGGUUCUGCUGCAAAUAGACGGGAAAGGUCGAGGGAGAGGGAUCACAGUCGCUCCCGUGAGAAGAACCGCCGGCACAAGUCGCGCAGCCGUGACCGCCAUGAGGAUUAUUACAGAGAGCGCAGCCGUGAGCGAGACCGCCAUCGCGAACGUGAUCGUGACCGCGAGAGAGACCGAGAGCGGGAGCGGGAGUAUCGCCACCGUUAGUCGGAAGGUGUGUAUUCUGUGUGUUUGUUUGUGUCUGUUUUUUUUUAGGUGUGGUGUGUCUGUUGUACUUCUGUUUUGUCUCCAGCAGACGGCAGGAUAUGGCAGGUAGGUGAUCAGGUAAGAUUUAAACCCAAGACAUAACUAUCAUGGUCUGAUUUUUCUCUCUGCAGCCAAUCUAAAAAAAAGUUUUCAUAACUGUUGUGUAAUCUGUGAGCACUCUGAUCUUUUUAUACUGGUGUGUCUCAUCUCAAGUUGUUAUUAUGAUGAACUUGAGUUACAGCCCUGUUAGAGGAAACAGCAGAUGUGCUGCAUGUGAUCCAGGGCUGUUAUGUGGUAACUAUUUGGAAGGAUUGUAUGUGUUUUUAAACGUUUUGAAGAUAGUAUUGGUUAAAUAACGUUCUGCUUUGUUACUUGUGGAUUUGCAUAAUAUUCAGAGCAAGUGUUUUAAAACCAAUUUUUUCAAUUUGUCGAUUUCUGCUUACUGAGCUCACAACCCGUUUUAUAUCUGAAAGAACAAUUGGAGUAUUUAAUGGUUGAUAUGUGGCUUUAAUCACAUGACUCUGAUGAAAUUGUUCCUGUGUGUCUUUGUGCAAAACAGAAAAUUUUAAUUCUCAUACUCGAUGUGAUACAUUUUUGCCAAAAGCAUUGAAUUUCAGAAUGCAUUGUCUUUUGAAUUUGGCAUUAUGAACUGUAAAUUCAACCUCUUGUUUGUAAUUAAAUACUAAACUAUUGUUUGUAGUUGAUAAAUGACUGUUUAUAGUCCCCAAUAAGAUGUAGAGAAUGACAGUAUUGUUGUCAGUGAUUUUUCUGUUGCAGUUUUGAUAGUUUUAUGGUAGUUACUUAUAUCUCAACAGCAUUCAAGUCUGUAAAUUUAAUUAAAACGAUAACAUGUCUCCUUCUCCUGAACAUCCUCUGUAAGAGUAGGUUAAACCUCAGCUCUUAAGGUGUAUUUUAGACUUUCUUCAACUGGUUUUGAUCAAUUAUGACCUAGAAGUUUUUCAAAAAUGUUGAACCUAUUGUAAUACAUGGGUUCUUGUAGUACUUCACAUUUCUGUGUUGUUGUUUUAUGAAAUGUAAUGUAACAUACUCUUAGAUAGGUGAGCAGGUGUAGCAGUUCUUCACCAUUCACACAAACUCACUUUAAACCUGGCGUUGCUGUAGAACGAGAUCUUCAUAUAGUCUUGAAUACAUUUCAGUAUCUGUGCUGUCCUUUUAAAACCUUGCAUCUCCAUGUUUCGUGGUUUUAAUUAUUUAGCCAUAAAUCAUUAUUAUUCGUUUCCCUUUAUGCUUGUCGCUGGGUUUUGCAAAUAUCUUACUAGUAAAAAGUGCUUGUAGACUCAGUACUUUAAAAUAUCACGUACUGUCGUCAGAUUUUUCCCCCCCAUUUCCUGAAAAAAACUCAAAUUUGGACCCAAGAGGUUUCAGAAGGAUAGCUACGGUAUUAAUUUUAUGUUGAUUAUAAUUGUGAAUGCGGAAUAACUGCUAUUAUUUUAUAAGGGACAUUUAAAACGUAAAGUUGUAAAGUAAUGUAAAGUUGUAGUCUUGUAUGUUUUUUUGUUUGUUUUUGAUUUUUGUUUUUAUUCUAUUGGGAAUCUUGUAUGCCCAUGUUUGGGUACAUUUGAUAUCAGUAAACUUGCAUCAGGUAUUUUACCGUUUUGAUAAUGAACAUUUUUAUUGUUAUUAAUAUUUGUAUGCAGCCCUUAUGUCCUCAGUUCAUACCUAGAUUGUAAUUCUGAAAAAUGGUCAAUCUCACCUGUUGUUACCUGUUGCUUAAUAGCUCUGGUGCUAGUGAAGGUUUAGAUCAUGGGGACACCGUAAUAUCUUUUAACUGUACAAGUAACUUUUCUUAAAGAAAUGUCUUCGAUCAAACGGGCAUCGAAAGUCAGGUAUUUUUCUGCAAUUCAAGCAGACUAAAAUUAUGUUAUGCGCAUCUUAAUGCUUAACACUGUUUGUGCUGUAUGAAAUGCCCCCUGAUUUUUUGAGUUAUUUGUGCUGAUUAAAGCGCCAUAAAGAAAUUACUUGAACAACAGUGUUGGAACAAACGGUAGUGCUUAUUUAAGUUAUUUUAAUAUCAGUUUUAACAUAUGACCUUAACUCUUUAAUGUUCUGCUGGUCAGAACCGAUAUUUCGGUUUUAACAUUUUUGCUUGUGGACUUUGCAAACCAAGCACAGUUUAAAUAGAUAACAUGACUGAAUUCUCUUCUUUUCGGUUGUCUAUGUGGCCUGGGUUUGUGCAGCAGUAAUGUUUUUCGUGGGUUUUCUUGUGUAAAUUUGAUCAUAAAAACUGGCAUUUCAUAACUCCCAUUAAUUCAUCCACUCUUCUCCUUCGUUCUAUGCUAAUAAAGGGUUGGACGAAUGUUCUAUGGGCGUUACAGAUUUAGACUUCUACUUUGUCAUCAAACAAAUUGUGACAUUUAAAGCUGCAAUUGGUAUAAAAAAAGCAGUUAAAAACUGAACAGUGUAUAAACCCAUCUCAUGACCUUUCCCUGGUUCACAACAGAAAACAAACAUUAUAAAUUUAAUAUUUACAUUAAGUCAGUGUUGAAAUGAGUGUCACCUAAUAAAUUGAGUUGUUGGUCAGGCCUUUCAGAAAAUCUCAGUUUGAUGUCAUUUGACUUCAACACACUUACAGAUAAGAAUAAAGUUAACUGCAGUUUUACAUUUUGAAGAGGUGGCGUCAGCGAGACAAAUGUUACGGAUUGCAGCUUUAACUGUAACAGGAUAAUAUACUGCAAAACGCAUUUAUCUGAAUUGCAAUUUUUAUUUUUCUAGAGUGUAUUAUGCGAGAACAUAAAUACAAAGGAAUAAUGUGAGAUUUAAAUGUAGUGUUAUAAGAAAAUCACCGCUUUAUGUCGGAUGCUCAUUCAGAAUUUGUUAAUAGAUUUUUCUUGUCCAGCCCUCAACAUUCUAUCCAGUGUCCACUGAUUCACUGAAACAAGCUUUUCAUCAUUUAAUUGAUCGUUUAGCCAGCGACUUCUAUGGUUAUUAAAUACUAUAUUGUAGCAGUCAUGCAGACCUAUAUGUGGCUAUAAAAUAAGUUUUAUGAGAUAGUUUAUGACUGACAGAGCUUGAGGAACUACUUGUUCUCAGAGUAACAGUGGACACAUUCACAUUUAUGACAGUAUGAUGUUUAUUAAAAGAAAAUUAUGGGUUCACUUGACAGUUUUAAAGGAUCUUAACUUUGAGCAGUUAAAUUUUUUUCCAUGCACUAAGAAUUACGUGUUAUACAAAAUCAAAGCUCCACAUUAUGUAACUUGUCAGAUUGCCAAUAAGUGUUUGUAUUAAUAGUUAAUCCUACUCAUUGGUUAAAGGAUUUGUUUUUGACAACGUGAAAAUUGACUUUCUAAUUACCUGAAUUAUUAAAGUAAAUGUGAUAUAGCAUCUAAAUGAUUCCAGGCAUUUUUCUAAAGUUCCAUAUUUAAGCAUUAAAUGGCAGAUUUAUUUAAUGGUGUUAAGUUCCUAUCCACUGAUUCUAUAAUUGUCAUUUAACUGUAAUUGAUUUUGUACAUUAGUCUCAUGUCGGACUUUCAUAGGUGAAAUCUGUCUGUUUAAACACUGUCACGCUUUGUAAAAAGAACAAGUAGCCCUUUUUAAAAAAUGACUUUGUACAAGUUCUCUUAUACACUUUGGUUGUUGUCAGGUUUAUAGUCCAGUUAUGUGAUGGUUCGUUAAAAAAAUGAAAAUUUGUCGUUUGCUCACCCUCAGGUUGUUCUAAAGCUUUAAAAAAUUCUGUUGAACUCAAAGAUAUUUGGAAGAAUGCUUUUAACCAAACAGUUUGGGGGCACUGUUGAGUACCAUAGUAGGGAAAGAAACCUGUUUGUUUCCAGUGUUCUUCCAAAAAACUCGAUUUGAUUAAAAUUCAAUACCGGUUUGAAAAACUUGAGGGCGAGUAGAUGACCGGUUUUUUAUUUUUGUGAGAAUUGUCCUUUAUAUAUGUAACAUUUGUUACUAUUUUAAUGUGAGAUAUGCUGGGUUUUGCUCUUCUAAAUAAUAAAUUGCCCAUGAAGUAUUGCAAACAUCAGGUUUGAAUUUGACAAUUUUUAGUAACUUGAGAGUAUAAGGGAGUAUAGUGAUUUCUCCCGCUUUUUAGUGUGGUAUGGGGUCCAAUGUUUUUCAAUUGUGCAUGCUAAUGUCUUUAUGCCUUUGUUUUAUUUCUUUACACUGUAUUGAUAUGACUUUGAUGAUUUGUCUCAUUUUAUUAUAGUCUCAGUCUGUUGAUUUCUAGCAUAAUUGUUGAUCACUGCACUCUUUCAAAGAGUAGUUCACCUUCAACAGGAAUAUUUUUCUCAUUUAUACACCUUGUCAUUUUAAACCCGUAUGAGUUUCUUUAUUCUGCAGAACACAAAAGAAGAUAUUUUGAGAAAUGUUUGCAAUAGAACAGCACAGCCUGGCCCCCCAUUCACUUCUAUUGUAAUCGACUCAAGUGAAUUGGGGGGGGGGGGGGCUUUUACCAAAAUCCUUUAAGAUUUUUUUUGUGUUCUGCGGAAGAAAGUCAUACAGGUUUAAAAUGAUAAGAGGUGUGUUAAUGAUACAAUUUUCAUUUUGAAGGUGAACUACUCAACCAUGCAGGUAAUGUGAUUUUAGCGUAUAUAUAAAUAGUUAAAAGUGUUCUGUUGCUACUGAAGUCAUUUGCAUGCUUGAGUAUGUGUGGGACAGUCUGGGUGUGUGUAAAUGUAGAGGGAAAACAACUUUGUGUGUUUCUGGGUUCUGUGCCCCCAAAACAAACUGCCACCUUCGUUUUGACACCUUUCAGCUGAACGCAAGAGGAGGAGCAGUGACGCCUGGAGCGACGCAGAUUCAUCCGACAGCGACCCGCCAUCACAGACUCCAGACCGGACUCAGGAUAAACUCUGCAGCGCGACAGUUCUGUAAAAUAUUAUAUACUCUUAAUUCCCAACAGCUUUUUUUAUUUUUUACGUUUUAUUUGAAAGUAGUUGUGUGUAAGUUCAGCUUCUUGAUGAUAGAGAAUGACUUGCCUGCUCUAUUCACAGUACACGAAACAACUUUCAGACUGCUAUAAUGUGUAAAUUGACAGUUAGCUAGAUUUGUUUUUAUAGGCGUUUUGUUUUUCUCUUUUCACAUUGUCCAUGUUUGUGUCUUCUGCCUUGAUUAUUAAAUAGAAUAUGUGUUGUAAUAAAGUGUGCAUUGGGGUUGUUGCUUGUUUACACUGAA